AUGUUUGAGACAAAUAUUUUCAGACGAUUGGACGAUACAAAUAUACCGCCCGAAUCGUUGACCACUGAAUCCAUUACCACUGCCUUCACGUCCGAUAUUUUCUUAUCGACACUGAGAGCGGACAUCGGGGGCGCCGAUCACUACCGGCGGACACUUCCACAACAUUCCCACACCAACGACAAGAGCAUCAAAAUCGGUUAUUUGACUAAUUUUCAGGGCCGACAGAAUGUGCAGAGACAGGGCAUUGUCAUCAGCGGUGCCAUCACUUACGCCAUCAACAAAAUCAACUCAAACGCGUCGCUACUGAAUGGCCGCAAACUGGAACUGGUCUUCAGCGACACGAACGGCACCACAAUCGACGGCACGGCAGCCAUACUGUCGCAGUGGCGUCAGGGAGUCGUCGCCUUUUUCGGUCCGGAGGACUCGUGCGAAGUCGAGGCCACAAUCGCUGCGGCCCUACAGUUGCCGAUGAUUUCCUACAAAUGCGCCGACUCUAAGGUCUCGCGCAAAGACGUGUACUCGACGUUCGCGCGGACACAUCCGCCCGACACACAGAUCGUCCGAUCGGUGAUCGCACUCUUGGCGUACUAUCACUGGAAUAAGUUCUCAAUCAUUUGGGAAAACACUCCGCAAUACAAGACUGUGUUCAAGUCGUUGAGCGCUCGGGCCGUCGACCACGGAUUCAUCAUCAAUAGUGACCGAAGUUUUGAAAACUAUUACGACUGCUGUAUAGCUGUUCAGCCGUGUUGUCGGUCGGCAUUCCUCGACAUCGUAGAGGAGACAUAUCGUGGGACAAGAGUUUACGUGUUUUUGGGCAAAACAGCGGAUUUGCAUCGAAUGAUGUUAGUGUUGAGAAUGCGAGGACUCUUAGAAAGCGGACACUAUAUUGUCAUUUAUGUGGAUCUCGAAGAAGAGUAUCUCAUGACUCAGUCGUAUAAAUACAUUAACACUCGCUUUGAUAUACCGGAGGACGAGAAGCGGGCGCUGACAGAAGCGGCUCAAUCUCUUCUGGUUAUAGUUCCGAGUCCUCCGAACGGAACCGACUAUUCGGACUUCGAGGACAGGGUUCGCGAGUAUAACCAAAAGCCGCCGUUCGAGUUGCCAGAGCUCCGCAUACAAGGCGUUAAACUCAAGCGACACAUCACUAUCUAUGCCUCAUAUCUGUACGACUCAGUGAUGUUGUAUUGCGAAGCGUUGGCUCAGGUGUUGAGGGAAGGGCUCACAGAAUACUCGGGAAAGUCGAUCAUUAGACGGAUCAUUGAGAAGAAGCGGUACCUGAGUGUGACGGGUGUCUGGAUGAACAUCGACGAGAACGGCGACGUUGAGGGCAACUACACGGUGUUGGCGCGGAUGACCACUCCCGACAACCUUCACAUUAAAGGCAUGAACGGCUCGCAGAGGCCGACUCACGUCAUGCUUCCGAUCGGCAAUUUUGAAUACGAAGAGCUGUCAAACCAAACAGUGUUCAAACUAGAAGGUGAUAUCAAGUGGGUGGGCGGCACUCCGCCCCUGGUGGAGCCCCCCUGCGGUUUUGAUGGCUCCGGGUGUCUAGAGUUGGUGGACAACCGCAAAGAGGUGAUCGCCGGCGUAUUGCUGGGCAUUUUGGUCACUGUAUGCAUCAUUACGGCCGUCACUUAUAGGAACUGGAAGUACGAGCAGGAAAUUGCAGGCCUUCUCUGGAAGAUCAACCUAAACGAGCUUAUGAUCGAUACGGGCGCUCAUCCAUUGGGCGCCUCACAGAUGAGUAUUGCUAGUCAAACGUCGGUUGAGUCCCGCUUUCACAACAACCAGAUCUAUACCCAACGGGCCGUCUAUAGGGGUGCCAUCGUUGCCGUCAAACAACUCAAACCCAAUCGCAAGAGUUUCGACAUUUCCCGCGACAUCAAGAAAGAGAUGAAACUCAUGAAAGAGUUAAAUCACGACAAUAUCAACCAAUUCAUUGGCGCCAACAUUGAGCCCCACUCUGUGCUCAUUGUCACCGAAUACUGUGACAAAGGAAGUCUGUACGACAUCCUCGAGAACGACAACUUCAAGAUUCCCGAAACGUUUCAGACGUCGUUCGUCUUUGAGCUGAUCUCAGGCAUGAUUUUUCUGCACGAGUCGGACAUCAAAUUUCACGGCAAUCUCAAGUCGUCCAACUGUGUGGUGACCAGUCGUUGGGUGCUUCAGAUCACCGACUUUGGUCUCCACGAGUUGAGGGCCAACUCGGAGGUGGACUAUAAUGUGGGCGAUCGGUAUCGAGAUCUGCUGUGGAAAGCGCCCGAACUUUUGCGCAACUGUGCGGUCGUCGGCAGUCAGAAGAGCGAUGUCUACGCGUUUGCCAUUAUAUUGCACGAGAUUAUGGCCCGGGAGGGCCCGUUCGGUAUGAAUGACUGGGAAGAGUUGACGAGUGAACAGAUUGUGCAGUGGGUUAAGGAGUACGAUAGGGACGAGCCGUUUAGGCCGGACAUCAAUUUAGUCGAGUGUCAGGACUUUGUGCGCCAAACAAUGCAAGAGUGUUGGAGCGAAAAAGCCGAACAGAGGCCAGACUUCCGGUCCAUUCGGUCUAAGCUGAAGAAACUACGACAGGGAGGCAAACAUCAUAAUAUAAUGGACGGUAUGAUCGUUAAGCUCGAGACUUAUGCCAAUAAUUUGGAGCAAUUGGUGGACGAGAGGACGGGUCUACUCAGGGAAGAGAAACUCAAAACCGAAUCCCUAUUACACCGAAUGUUACCGCAAUCGGCGGCCGCACAGCUCAUGCGCGGCGAACCGGUCCGGCCCGAGGCCUUCGACGCCGUCACCAUAUAUUUCAGUGAUAUCGUCGGCUUUACCCAUAUGUCUGCCUCCAGUACUCCUAUGGAGGUGGUCAGUUUUCUCAACGAUUUAUAUACAAUCUUCGACCAAAUCAUAUCCCAUUACGACGUGUAUAAAGUGGAGACCAUAGGAGACGCCUAUAUGGUGGUGAGCGGACUCCCCGAACGCAUCGGUGACCGUCACGCCAAAGAGAUCGCCUCCAUGGCUCUGGAACUGCUCGAAUCGGUCAAGACUUUCCGCAUUAGACACAAACCCGAUGAGAAACUACAGCUUCGUAUUGGCAUACAUACGGAUUAUAAAUUCUUUGUGCGAGAAAUCAAGUCGUCUUACAAAUCAAAAUCAGAUCCACUUUCAUAG